AGCCAGCUGGAGGGGUCCACUGCUCCACCUGCACGCAAACCUCACCGAGUUGGCUCAUCUCAACUCACCUCAUAACUCGUAACCCUUCCCUUCCUUCCCCUGUCGAGUUUUCCAACGGUUGAGCACGAUGCAGACGUCAGACCAGAUCGACGGCGAACAAUCUUCUCCGGUUCAACCCGCCGAUCAAGAAAUACUCACCAAGAGAGACUACAUCAACUUCUCUUCUCACCCUUCUCUCACCAAGAUUUUGCACAAACAAGGGGACCAGGAAGUUCUAUUUGCAGAUAAAGUUUUGAAGUUUACUAGCUCAGGGAAGAUGAAAAGCCGCAUUCUUUUGAUUACUGAUUUUGCCAUUUACAUUGUUGACCCGGAGAUUGAUUCUCUUAAGCGGAGGAUAGCACUUGCAGCUGUUGAUAAGAUCUGUAUAAGUAAACUAAAUGAUAAUUUUUUGGCUGUUAUAAUUCCGACAGAGUAUGAUUUACUAGUUGCGAGUGCGAGGAAGAUUGAAAUUGUUACUGCUUUUAAUGAAGCUACUAGGAAAGCUUCUGAUUAUGAACUUGAGGUGGUUUCUUCCAAUAGGUUUGAGUAUAAUGCACAAUCUGACUUGGUUAAGGAGAUUGAAUUUGAGGAAGUUGAAGGGGGUGUCAAAACAAGAAUUUUGAGGAAGUGAAUUUCAUUUUGCAUUUUCGCCAUGAUAUCUGUAAACUUGGUAGGAGAUACGUACAUGACAUAUUUUUUAUUGAUUGUGUGGGAAAGGUUCUUCUGGGCAUAGCUUUCCCUUUCCCAAGGUUAAUAGUAUCAGAAGUUUCAAAAGAAAAGAAAUGUAUAUGGGAUGUAAGUUUUCAGCUUAAAACCAGCUUAAGCUGUGUGUAUGAUAGAAUUUAAUCAAGUUUUAGGAAUAAUAUGUAAGUUCUGUGAUUUUUACCUUCAUGUGUAGCCUGUUUGGGUUGUCGUUUUAGUA